UCAGUUUUUGUUAAGCAGAGUUAGCAAAAUGUCGAAAAAAUUACACUAUUUUGAUGUGAACGGUCUCGGGGAGGCCAUUAGGUAUAUGCUACAUUAUGGUGGCGAAAAAUUUGAAGACAUUAGAGUCGAAUACAAAGAUUUACCUACUUUGAAAAAAUCUCUUCCAUACGGCCAGCUACCACUAUACGAGGAGGGUGACCGCAAGCUGAACCAGUCUAUCGCCAUCAGCCGCUACAUCGCCAGCCAGACCGGACUCCUGCCCUCCGACCCUUGGGAACAGGCUGUAUUAGAUUCUGUAGCAUUGAAUAUUACAGACUUUAGACUAAAAAUGUAUCCCAUUUUACUGGAGAAAGAUGAAGCGAGGAAAACGCAACUGAAAACAGAAUUUCUGACAGAGACUGUUGAAUACUACCUAUCACGAAUGGAAAAGGAGCUCAAAGAUAACAAGGGAUUCUUUGGAGGAAAGUUAUCGUGGGCUGAUUUCUACGUAGUAGGAAUCCUGGAGACCGUCAACCUUGUGUUGAGCGCUGAAGUGGAGAAGAAUUACCCUACAAUAACUGCGCUCAUGAACAAAAUCCGAACGCUGCCUGGAGUCAAGGAAUACAUCGCAAAAAGGAAACCUUAUGUUUUUCCCAUUCUUUUAUUACUCACUUACCCGAAAGUAGUUUACGUUCAACACAGCAGCGUCCAAUACAGCCUGUUCCCAGAGGUCGGGCAGAAGUUCGGUCUGGCUGGCGAUGUAGCGGCCGAUGGCGAUAGACUGAAUAAUAGUCUCUGUGCCGCCACCAACGGUCUUAGCAAAAUGUCGAAAAAAUUACUAUAUUUUAGCAUAGGCGGAAUCGCGGAGUAUAUUAGGUAUAUGUUACAUUAUGGUGGGCAUAACUUCGAAGACGUGAGAUUUGAUUACAAGAAAUGGCCUAUUAAGGAAGUCAAAGAUUCUCUUCCAUACGGCCAGCUACCACUAUACGAGGAGGGUGACCGCAAGCUGAACCAGUCUAUCGCCAUCAGCCGCUACAUCGCCAGCCAGACCGGACUCUUACCCUCCGACCCCUGGGAACAGGCUAUUUUAGACGCUGCUGUCUUAAAUGUAAAUGACUUCAGACUAAAAAGUUAUUCCUAUUUUAUAGAGAAAGACGAAACGAAAAAAGAGCAAAUAAAAAAAGAAUUUCUAACAGACUCUGUGGACUUCUUCCUGUCACGGUUUGAGAAGGAGCUCAAAGACAACAAUGGACAUUUUGGAGGAAAGUUAUCGUGGGCUGAUUUCUACUUAGUCGGAAUGCUCGAGGGCAUCAACCUUGCGAUGAAUGUCCAAUUGGAGAAGAAUUACCCAUCAAUUACCGCUCUCAUGAAGGAAAUACCAUCGCUGCCUGGUGUCAAGGAAUAUGUCGCCAAAAGGGGCCCUUACGUUUUUCCUGCUUAAGGCUACUGAGAAAGAAAACAGGCAUGAUUUUCUGCAUUCAGAUGGGCACAUGAAUGGAAGUAGCCGUCGACAACGCCAAGGGUGUCUUAUCAAUUAAUAAAAAUAAAAAAACUUAUUAUCACGCCCCUUUUGAAUAA